UCUAGCUCCGGCGUUGGUCUCGAGAAAAAAAUUUCCACCAAAUGGCACUGCUUGUUUUCGUAUCUUGCUUCUGGACUCACUUUCUGUUACGUAUGUUAGAACUCCAGCACGAACAGAAAUAAAAAUGUUAUUUACCAGCUUUUAAUUGAAAGUAAGUGCAAGUGGAUCCAUUCCAUUGCGCGAAGUAGCGAAAUAGCUGCAUUGAGAUAAUCUCAAAAAAAAAGAAAGGAGUCCGACAAGCCGAACUCUUAAGAUUCGAGAAUAACAACUACAACAACAGGACGCACAUACACGCAGCGUCAACAUUUGCACCGACUGUCAAGGUCGCAACAGAGAUCAAAAAAUGCCCUCCCAGAGCAGCAGCAGCAGCUCCACGGCCCCGCACGGGGGGACGCUCCUCUGGGGCAUGCCGACCGACCGGGUUCUGGCGGAUUUUGGUGGCACAAAUAAACAAGCUGGAUCAAGUUCCACUUCCUCCCCAACCGCAUCAGAAAUCCUAAGCGAGUUUCACGACAACAUGUGCUCGCUGCCGAACGUGGAGAAGGUGUCGGCUUAUAGCGUGAAAAGGAUUGAGGAUCCAGAAAAUUACGUCGUGGGGAGUGACGAGACCUUGAUUAUGGAAGGGUAGUAGGAGUCUGACUCGUCAGCGGGGAGGUCUUUGAAUUUGUAUUGCAGAGAAGCAGCCUCUAUUGGCCUUAAAGGUCCUACUUCGCAUGACAAAUUCAGUUAUUGUCAUGAUCAUUGACAUUGCUGACUUGAGUCAGUGUUUCCGUACCAUACUCCUGGUCGCGUUUGACGAGCUGCCAAUGAAGUUUGACCAGGUACAGAGGAGGAGGACUAAAUAAUUUGGAUUUGUAUUGCACUGUGCGCAUGUACUUUUGAAUGUGUGAUGCCAAUGAAUUUAGGAUCAAGAAUGCGCAUGAUACCAUCUUCGAUGAAUUUGAAUUCCACCAAGAAAGAGAUAAGAGAAACUAAUACUGACUACAGCUAAUGUGGAUGGGGCAGCGGCUGGCACAGGCGGAGGCUAUCAAAUGCGGCGCGUCGGGGAGGCUAUUUCUCCUGGGUUCGUCCUCUUUGUCGCUACUUGCAUGACCAGAUGAUUACUAGCACCACCCAACAUGAUGAACAAGAUUCUGGACAGGAACAUGCAUGAUAUCAGAGGACAAACAAAAGUCGAAUUCGUCGCGCUGCGUCGAAUCGACGCAGAUAUUAGAGGUACUAAACCCCUCCUAUAUCAUUUCACUUUCAUAAACCCCGAAAACGCCAAGCUGAUGCAGGAUUUUCUCGAGGCUGAGCUGAAGUGCGCGGAUCUAGAGGAUGCGAUGAAAGAAUUGAGGACGAAAAGAACGCCUUUUGAAAUGCAGGAGAAGAACAUAGAGCUGAAGAAACAAGUAAGGCGGCUGGAGGUAUGAUUUUAUUUGAGCUGUUUUUUGUCAUGUGCACAUGUUGGCAUGCGUUGUUGUUAUAUCACGUCAUGGUAAUUUGUCAUGCGGAAUGGUGAUGCAAUGAAUUAUCCAAGCACAAGCCAUGACCUAUGCCUAAGUAUCUCGCAAUACAAAGGUAAUUUCACAUUACAGGACCUCAACAAGAAGCUGAGCGAGGCCCAUUUGAUCCACGACCAGCAAAUAGCCGCGAACUCGAUCCAAAACCUGGUAAAGUUCAACACCGGCUGGUUCCUCUUGCAUGUUGUCCACGCAUCACAGAUUUGGUCUAUUUUCCAGUUUCUGCAUGACAAAGCUCAACACAAAUAAUUUUUGACGCACAAACAGGAGCUGGUCCAGCUGAAGCAGCAGAUGAUCCACCAGGCAACGAAGUUAGUCGAGGAAGAGGAACGAGCUGAGGAAGCGAAAACAGCAACACAAGUUGAUGUUCCAGCAGGAACAAAAAUAACCGACGCGCCCCCGCACGCCGCUUCCGCAGACGACGACGGUACGGCGGGGUUGGGUUUCAAACCACCAGACCGCAUUGCGGAGAAGCAAGCGGAAGGUGUUAUUCCACAGGCGAAAACUACUUCGGGAACAUCAUCCAAGACUUCUUCUUCGCCAAACCCGAAAGUCAGCUCUGCGAAAAAGCAGUUUGUCAAGCCGGUGAUCAGGGACUCUGUGACGAAGGAGGAGGAAAACAGUACGACCCCGCCGCCAGUCCAGCUGAGGCCAAAGACGCCACUGUCUCAAGGAUCCCCAGGGAAGAACAACUUUGGCGUAGUAAAGCCUCCAAUGAUCGACCUCGGAGCUGCUACAGGAACAGCACAACCCGCCCCCGCGAGCUCGCGUUCUCAAAAUUCGUCUUCCCAACCCCAGGAUUCGGCGCGGAGCUCUUUGCCCGGGGAGAGUCAGACGGAGGAUAGUGAUGCGACGCCGAUGAACUCUGCAGUUGGUGGUACAAAUAACGGGAAACCGAAGGACAAUCUGACCGGUAGCGCCGCAUCGUCCUCUUCGACCUCAACCGCGAAGAACAACGCGAAGAAGUUGAAAAAGAAGCGAAAAAACCAGGAAAAGCAGGCGCAGGCCAGUGCGCGUGGGGGAAUCGAACAGCAAGAUGCCGCCGCUGACGCGACUUCUACGAUGAAUGCUGCACAACUAUCAGCGUCGAGACCAAAGGCGAAAGUGAAAAUGCCGAUACUGAACAUCCAGGAGAUGUAUGGAUUGCAAAAGUAUCUUCGUACACGUACUUGUAUAAAUGCAUUACAAAUUAGUCCAGCAUCACAAAUUAAAUUUGUAAUGCUGAUCUGUCUUGAGAAAGAGAUUUGUAUAUGCAUAAUUGCAAUCACUACGGGCACGAUGCUUUUGCACAGGAUGAGAUGCAACAGAAUCCGAAAGUCACGCUAUCAAAUGCAAAAGUGUCUGGGUCUGAAGAGUGCAAGUUUGUCAUGCUUGUCUGGCAUGACUGAAGAAUCUGUGUUGCAUAGCCACGAUGAAGAGGCCCUCUUACCUGUGAUGCAAAAACGCAGUUUGCUAUGCGGAAUACGUAAGACAUGGCAGCCAAAAAUAAAUUUGUCAUGCAUAGCUGCGUACUGCAGUGCGUUUAUCCUUUACUUUUAGCAUUACAAGUUUUCAGACCCAGACAUAUUUGCGAUCCAUACACGCUGGGAGCGGACGAGAGCGGUGGCGAUGGGACACCGGCAGAACGAUCGGCGACGGAAUACACGCCGCCUGAUACGCCAAGUGAGCCGGCCAGUAGUGGAAGGGUAUCAGUUUAAGUGAUGAAAAUGUUCAAAAUAUUUUCGUUGUAAUGCAAGCCGCUUCAAUUUAGAUUUUUCUCCGCUUGGACCACCAGCAUGCUACUGUGCAAUACAAAAACACACCAGAGCGACAACCUGCCAACCACGAUUCCGGCGAACAAACCGCGACCUAAUUUCGUUCCAGCGCUCGGCAUAUCAAAGGCAAAUAUGUCUGGGUCUGGAAGGAUGCAACUUGUGAUGCUGUUUUUGGAUUCUAGGAAAAUUUGUAUUGCAUGACAAGCAAGAGGGGUCCAGUUUGUGCUACGUCGCGGACAGGGCAUUUCUAAUUCCGAAGGCGCAUCAGGGAGCCCUCCAAAAGUCUGUGAUGCUAGGUCAUGCAUUACAGGCAUCAUGGGUCAUGAGAAAUAUGCAUGACAAGUCUUGCAUUCUUCCAGACCCAGAGGACAUAUUUGCAGUUGAUACGGCAAAAUGCCGGGUAGGUCGUUAGACACCGGGGAAAACGUGCCGGAGACGCCACGAGGCACCGCGGGGCAAACAAACGGGAAAAGCGGUGGUGGGGCGGGAAAGAUGAUGUCACCGGUAAAUGAGACGCCGGAGGGGACGCCACCGUAGAUUGGCUACCAGGAGAGAACAAGUCAAUUGAUGGUCAACAUGUUUACAAAAGUACAAUACGGAUCCAGUCUGAAGAACCCGAUACCACUGAACUAUUUGCAAAAUCAGAAGUCAAACAAGCCUAGUAUCCAAAUUUGAACAGCAUGCAACGAAGACAGUUUAUCGUAUCAAAGAACUAAGUACGUACAACUUAAUUUUUUUGAAAACAAAAAUUCGCGAUAGUUGGACGUUUGCGUCGACGGACGAAAUUCCACGAGCUGGAUCUGGAAAUUACAAAAAGGACCUCGACGAUCGAAGCUAGAGCCAAUUAUUUAUCAGAACAGAUA